AUGCAAUUAUAUUUGCAAUUUGAGGGAAUUCUUCAUCAAGGCUAUGGCGUGACAGAGAUGGGCAGCGUGGUUACCUGGAAUUUUGGACCUCAAUCAAAACUUGCAUCGGUGGGAACACUUCAAUCUAAUGUUCAUAUGCGGGUUGUUAGCGAUAGUGGUGAAGCUUUAGGACCCAACGAACAAGGAGAGAUCCAUUGUCAUCUUGGACAACAUUGGGGAGGAUACUAUGACAAUAUUCCAGCAACGAGAGAGAUUCAGGACUCCGAAGGAUGGAUUCACACUGGUGAUUUGGGUUACUUUGAUGAUGAUAACUACCUUUAUAUUGUGGGUCGCAAAAAGGAUUUCCUUAGGUUUAGAACGAAAAUGUAUUAUCCACGUGAGAUCGAGGAAGUUAUAGCUCGUAUGCCGGAAGUGGCUGAAGUUUGUGUCUUUGGCAUUUGGAAUGAGAUCGACGGCGAUGCAGCAGCUGCUUCAGUGGUAGCUAAAGCAGGAUGUCAAUUAACAGCCAACCAAGUGUUGGACUUUGUUGCGGAAAACAUCAGCGAGAACUAUAAGCAGCUGCAUGCAGGAGUUCAGAUUGUCCCAAACCUGGCUAAGAAUUCUAAUGGGAAGGUAAAACGGCAGGCCGUAAAAGAGGAGUUUCUCAAGGCAGCGCAGGAUAAAUCGGAAUGAUAUAAAUUUUCUUUGAUGCGGUUGCAUAGUUAAUGGUUUAUUUCGAAUAGUCAAAAAUUCGAUAUUUUCUUUUUACUUAAGUUUGCAAAAUUAGAAAAAAAUUUUAAA